CAAUGUGGUUGGGUUCAAUUUCCUUGUGACCGGCGUUGGCCAUUAGCAAUGUGGUACGAUUGCAGACGCUCAACAUUAGCCAGUCCAAAGGCGUGAGUGUGAAGCAGCUGACGCUGCUCAACAGCAAGGUAUUCCACAUGGCCAUCUUCGACUGCACGGGCGUGACGGUCCAAGGCAUCCGGAUCAUCGCACCGGCCAACAGCCCCAACACCAACGGCAUCCACGUCAGCCACUCCCGCCACGUGAGAAUCCUCAACACCACCAUCGGCACUGGCGACGAUUGUGUCUCCUUAGGGCCCGGCACCUCCAACGUGCUCAUCAGGGACAUCGAGUGCGGUCCGGGCCACGGCAUCAGCAUCGGGAGCCUGGGAUGGCAGGACGGUGAGGAAGGGGUGAGGAACGUGACCGUGGACAGGGCGGUGCUGACGGGCACGACAAACGGCCUGCGGAUCAAGACCUGGGCGAUGCCCAACUCCGGCUCCGUCACAAACGUCUCCUUCUCACGGGUCACCAUGAACCGCGUGGCCAACCCCAUCCUCGUCGACCAGAACUACUGCCCCCGCAAGGUCGACUGCGCGGGCAAUAGCUCGGGGGUGCAGAUCAGCAACAUAUCAUACACGGACAUCGAGGGCUCGUCGGCGACGCCCGUGGCGGUGAAGUUCAACUGCAGCGGCACCAACCCCUGCAGCGGAAUCAAGCUCAGGAACAUCAGGCUGACGUACAAGCACAAGCGGCCGGCGCAGGCCAAGUGCGGAAAUGCCGGCGGGUCCGCAUCCGGAGAGGUCAGACCGCCGAGCUGCUUCUGACGAUCGGAGU